AUGGCGACCGUCACACAGACGGUCCUCUCGACCAUCGUUGCGGCGACCACCUCCGCAGCUACGGCCGCGCCGUCCGCGCCUCCCCAAACCGGCAUUCUCGAGGGUGCAAACCCCUCCGUUUAUCACCCAAAGGAUCCAAUUGUCACGUUUAUUAUUCAGGCAUCCAUCAUUAUCAUAUUCUGCAGAUUACUCUACUAUCCCCUGAGUUAUCUAGGCCAGCCUCGGGUCAUAUCCGAGGUCAUAGGCGGCAUCGUCUUGGGGCCUUCGGUGAUGGCACGAAUUCCUGGGUUUCAGGCGGCUAUCUUCCCGGAUGCCUCAAUACCAAAUCUGAACAAUGUCGCAAACUUGGGUUUGAUAUUUUUCAUGUUCAUCACGGCACUGGAAGUUGAUCUCCGCCUCUUCGUGGAAAAUUGGAAGAUUGCACUGAGCGUUAGUGUGGCCGGCUUGGUUUUACCAUUUGCCAUGGGAUGCGGUAUUGCAUGGGGCAUCUACAACGAGUUUGCCAGUGACAUGGUCAAAGAGAUCAACUUUGGCGUAUUUGCGCUCUUUGUGGGAACCGCACUCGGCAUCACUGCGUUCCCCGUCCUCUGCCGCAUUCUUACCGAGCUGAAGCUCCUGCAUACAUCCGUGGGCGUGACAACGCUGGCCGCUGGAGUCGGAAAUGACGUUGUCGGCUGGAUCCUUCUGGCGCUCUGCGUCUCGCUCGUCAACAAUGCCAGCGGCCUCUCUGCCUUGUACGCCUUGCUUUGCUGUGUUGCUUGGACCCUAUUCUUGUUCUACGCAGUCAAGCCCGUCUUUCUAUGGAUCCUCAGGCGCAACGGCAGCCUGCAGGAUGGGCCGUCUGCGGGCAUGGUCACCUUGACGCUCUUGCUCGUCAUGGCGUCCUCGUUUUUCACAGCAAUCAUCGGUGUCCAUCCAAUUUUCGGCGCAUUCCUCAUUGGUUUGAUUUGUCCUCACGAGGGCGGCUUCGCCAUUAAGCUGACGCAAAAGAUCGAGGACUUUGUCGGCGUUUUCUUCCUGCCCUUGUAUUUUGCCCUCUCCGGCCUGAACACCAACAUUGGGUUGCUGAACGACGGCAAGGUCUGGGCUUACGUUGUUGCAAUUAUUCUCCUUGCCUUUGCUGGCAAGAUUAUCGGCAGCACGGUGGCUGCGCGUUGUUGUGGGCUGUUUUGGCGUGAAAGCGCUGCCAUUGGCGUCCUGAUGAGUUGCAAGGGUCUCGUCGAGCUUAUUGUCUUGAACAUUGGUCUCCAAGCAGGUAUCCUGUCCCCGCGGACGUUCACCAUGUUUGUCAUUAUGGCGUUGGUGACCACUGUCACCACGACACCUCUCACUAGGUGGCUGUACCCCUACUGGUACCAGCAGAAGCUGUUGCGCUACAGGAGAGGCGAGAUCGACAUGGAUGGAACCCCGUUGGUUCCAGAUGGUGGCCCAGUCCCGAUAGACAAGCUGAACCCCACUCAUAUCCGCCGUGUAAUGCUGUACUUGCGCCUUGACAGCUUACCAGGCCUAUUCACCUUCACCGCGCUUUUGGGAGGAACUACAGAAAAGAAUGCUCCUGGCAACAAAGCUUCAACCGAAGGCAGCUCGGAGGCUAGCGAUCCCGCGGUGCCGCCGCCCGGCGGCAAGCAUCUCGAGGUUCAUGGCUUGCGUAUCAUGGAACUUACAGACCGUACGUCGUCGGUCAUGCAGGUCACCGAGGGAGUCGACCUUUCCGAGAGCGACCCUAUUGUCAACACCUUCCGGACAUUUUCUCAGCUCAACGGCGUGGCCGUGUCAGGGCGGGUGGCCAUAGUUCCAACGCAUUCUUAUGCUGAGACACUCACCGACCAGGCCUCUACCAUUUCUUCCGACCUGAUCCUCAUUCCAUGGAGCAACACGGGAUCCCUAACAGAGGACCAGUUUGCGACGCAUCCCGUCACGGCUCAGCAACGAUUUACAGACAGAGCCCACUUGGACUUUGUGAACGGCGCACUGUCCAGGGCGACGAAGAACACAGCGGUUUUUAUCGACAAUGGUUUUGGGUCCAAGAAACCCACGAUCGAGCCGAGCCGCCCGUCCUACCUGACGAGAAACAUGAGUGUGGUAUCGAUGCGCAGCGUCAAGGAUUCUGUCCUUCCGUUGGCCAACCGCACUCAUCACCUCUUGUUCCCAUUCUUUGGCGGGGAGGACGACCGGGUGGCGCUGCGCUUCGUGCUACAGCUCGCCAAGAACCCACUCCUCACCGUCACAAUCGCACAUUUUGUACGCGAAGAAAACGACGGCACCGCAACCGAGGGCGGCCGUAACUCUGCGACCGAGUCGGAAGGGCAGAACAAUGCGAAAUCGGCGGCCGUGGCGGCAUCGACGCCCAAGGGCGGCGGCUUCUUCGAGGAGGUGGACGCCCAAGACAUGGACGUGCUGUCGAAGCUGCGCACGGCGCCGCCGGAGGAGCUCGUUGGACGGGUCGAGUUCCAGGAGAUUAUGUGCUCAUCGGACACGGUCAUCACCAAGGAGGUGACGGAGCUGGCGGCCAAGACGGUCGCGCUCAAGGCGCGCAAGAACGCCGGCGACAUGGUCGUCGUCGGCAGGCGGCACCCCAAGCUGGGAGAUGUUGUGAACGAGGGCGCCGGCAGCGCCUACGAUCUGAGGAGGACACUGGGCGUGGUCGGCGAGGCGCUUGCCAUGAGCGGCAGCAUGGCCAGCUUGUUGGUCAUGCAGGCGGCGUCGACUGGGAGCUCUUGA